AACCCAGAACAGUAACAAAUGGAACUCAGAGCAGUGAAAAUGUGCCGGCUUGGUGUAGUUUUUUCAGUACUCUGCAUUAUUUCAGUUAAUGGCGAUUACUAUUCAGCCAUAAGUGAGCUGGAGCGACUGCUUGACGUGGAGGCUUUUAUAGUAGAAAAGUUUGAUAAAUAUCUUGAAAGAGCUCAGCAAGAGCAGGAAAAUAUUAAAAGAUUUUUAAAUCAGGUUGAGGAUUUGCAAAUCGAUCGUGACGAUCUUGAGGAUUACUUUGGCAAUCCCUUAAACGCCUUCACAACCAUCAGACGACUUGUUCACGACUGGAAAUUUCAUGUGUUUGAUCCUGUCUUUGAUACAAGCAAUUUUGAGACCUACAAGAGUGCUCUUAGUGAAUCUCUGGAGAAAGUCAAGUUUAAAGGACCCACUCAGGAGGAUCUGCAUGGAGCCACUCGUGGUCUUCUCCGACUGCAGAAUAUCUACCAUUUACACACGGAUCAGUUGGCUAAUGGAGUCCUCCUUCCUGGGGAUAAAAAUGAACUGGACACUGCGCUGAGUGCCAGCGACUGUUUUGAGUUGGGUAAAAAUCUCUGUCAGAUUAAGGAGUACUCCUAUGGCUCCGAGUGGUUACUGGAGGCUAGAAAAAGACUGCAUGGUAAGCCUUUGGGCUUUAUCUCACCCAAUGUGAGCGAUGUCCGGAUUCUGGAGCACCUUUCACCGGCUUUCAAUGGCUUGGGCAAUCUAAAACUGGCUCACAAACUUAAUAAUGAAAUAUUGGACAAGGCGUCAGAUCAUGAGGAAGCUCUGAAGAAUAAGAUUUUGUAUGAGAGUCAAUUGGCAAAGGAGCGAAGUCUUAGACCAAGAAAGGUUGAAUUGCCAAAGUUGACAGAAAGAGAGCAAAAGGAGAGUUUCCAGUUGUAUAAACGGGUCUGCCAAGGAGAACUUCGCCAAUCCCCUCGAGAGCAGCGGAAUCUGAAAUGCUGGCUUAGUCACCAGGGAGUUCCAUACUACCGCCUUUCACCCUUCAAAGUGGAACAACUAAAUCUGGAUCCGUAUGUGGCCUAUGUUCAUCAAGUUUUGAGGGACAGCGAAAUGGCUCUGAUCAUGGAGAAUGGCAAGGGUCAAAUGGAGCGUUCGAAAGUGGGUCAGUCCGAGAACUCCACCACAACCGAAAUCCGUACAAGUCAAAACACCUGGCUGUGGUACGAUGCGAAUCCUUGGCUCUCCAAAAUCAAACAGCGUCUGGAGGACGUCACCGGAUUGAGCACGGAAAGUGCGGAGCCACUGCAGCUGGUGAACUAUGGCAUUGGAGGGCAGUACGAGCCGCAUUUUGACUUUGUGGAGAACGAUAAUAAUUCUGUCUUUGGCUGGAAGGGUAACCGUCUUCUGACUGCUCUGUUCUAUCUCAAUGAUGUCCCUCUGGGAGGCGCCACCGCCUUUCCCUUUCUCCGGUUGGCUGUUCCCCCAGUGAAGGGCAGUCUUCUGAUCUGGUACAACCUGCACCGCUCCACACACAAGGACUUUCGAACAAAGCAUGCUGGUUGUCCUGUUCUCAAAGGAUCUAAGUGGAUAUGCAAUGAAUGGUUCCAUGUGGCUGCCCAGGAGUUUAAGCGACCCUGUGGGCUCAUUAGCGAUGAGGGAAAGUUCCUUGACUUGAAGCACAAAUGAGGCUAGCAAGCGAUUAAAUUAAAUAAAAAUAUACCUAUUGUAAAAACACAACAAAUAUAUUUAUCUAGGGAAAA